AUGAAUUACAUCCAGCUGGAGAAGCUAGGUGAGGGCACGUAUGCGACCGUGUACAAAGGUCGCUCGCGCCUCACAAACGAGAUUGUGGCGCUUAAGGAUAUCCAUUUGGAUGCUGAGGAAGGGACGCCAUCAACAGCCAUUCGUGAAAUUUCGCUCAUGAAAGAGCUUCGACACACGAAUGUCGUGCGCCUGCAUGAUGUGAUUCACACAGAGUCGAAGUUGAUGCUAGUAUUUGAGUUUAUGGAGCAGGAUUUAAAGCGAUACAUGGAUGUACACGGCAACCGCGGCGCUCUGGACCCAGUGACGGUACGCAGUUUCAUGUUCCAGCUGCUGAAAGGCAUCGCGUUCUGCCACGAAAAUCGUGUCUUGCACCGUGACCUGAAGCCGCAAAACUUACUGAUCAACAAGCGCGGUGAGCUGAAGUUGGCUGAUUUCGGUCUGGCGCGUGCAUUCGGCAUCCCUGUAAACACAUUCAGCAACGAAGUCGUUACACUGUGGUACCGUGCGCCGGAUGUGCUCCUCGGCAGCCGCACGUACUCGACCAGCAUUGAUGUGUGGUCAGCAGGCUGUAUUAUGGCGGAAAUGAUUAGUGGUGUGCCAUUGUUCAGGGGUCGCGACAACAACGACCAGCUCAUGCAAAUUAUCCGCAUUCUCGGCACGCCCGAUGAAAAUACCAUUAAGCGUAUUUUGCAUGAGUCGCCAGAGAUUCAGUAUCGUCCUUUGCCUCGCCUACCGAAAGUGUCUUUCCAGACCAUGUUCCCGAAAGCCCACCCGCUGGCAAUCGACCUAUUGGAAAAGCUGCUCCAGUUUGACCCGUCGCAGCGCAUCAGUGCGGAUGAAGCGCUGCGUCACCCUUACUUUACUACUAGCGCUGCUGUGACAAACCAGACACCUGUAUCGACUGACUCUCCCAGCACUAUUGCUUCUCAUGACACAAACUCGGUGAGUAUGAGCCGCGAGGCUACCGCUUAG